AUGGAUGUCAAGACCUUGCUCGACAAUCUUCAUGAUGAAGUAUCCUGCUCUGUGUGCAUGUGUACAUUCACUGAUCCAAAGCAGUUGCCUUGUUUGCACAAUUUCUGUCUUCAUUGCCUGAACGGAAUUCAACGGACGAGCGGGGUCCAUGGAAAAAUUACAUGCCCCGAGUGUAGGAGACAGUUUCAGAUUUCUGGAAGUGGAAAUCCCAGCGAACUUCCCACCAAUUUUCGAAUAAACAGCCUGCUAGAUGUCUUAGCAAUAAAAGAGUGCAGUACAGUCCAUGUCAAAUGCAGAAACUGCGAUAAAAGGAGCGCCCAAACCUCGUAUUGUUUCCAGUGUUGUUCCUUUUGGUGUGAAGAAUGUAUUUUAGGACAUAACAUAAUGCGAGAAAAUAAAGACCACAGAACGCUAGCACUAAAAGAUUUUCAAGAUCAAGACGUCAAAGCUGUUUUAGAGCGACCAGCAUUUUGUCAGAAGAAACACCAUGAAAACAAAGAGUUGGAGUUCUUUUGCAAGGACUGUAAAGUCGCCAUUUGUAACACUUGCGCUGUAACACUUCAUGAAGGUCAUGGUAAGAUGGCCUUGCAAGAAGCUACUGACGAGGGAAAAACACAGAUUAGCUCCAUGAUAAAAUCUUUGAAAGACAAAGUACUGGAAAAACAAAAGGAAGUCGAGCAAUUUAACCAAAAAAGCAUCGCAUUUCAGUCAAAAGUAACCGAGGUAAAAAGCCAAGUGCAAUCUUGUGUAGACCAAAUUAUUGCAAUCAUCGAAGCGAGGAAACAAGAUAUUUUUGAUGCAGUCGAUAAUCAAGCCAAAAAAUUACUGGAAUCUCUCUCACAAAAAAAAAAAAAAGAGGAAAAACAAUUAAAAAUAAUUGAAUCCGCUAUUAAAAAAACUGAAACUCUGUUGAAACGAAGCUUUAGCACUGAAAUCCUUGGAUUCAGUGAAACAUUUGAUACAAUCCUGCAGCAGGAACAGAGCACCAAAGAAAACCGUGACACUGAAUGUAUUCCUCGGUUUAGUUUUACUGAAAGUGAAAAACUGAUUAGCCUGUUGAGCAUGAGCGAGGGGAUAGGUAAAGUAGAAUUUGUUUUUAGCGAAACUAAAGCGCAACAAUCAGGAACUAAAGGUAAAGAAAGUAGUAAAGUAAUAGCUGAAAUAAAGGGGCAAAUAUUCAUGACAGUCCUUUUCAGACUCAGGUACAAACCAGGCGUUUCAAAUCUGUGCUGUCAUUUGGACAAGAAGGUGAGUCUGUUGGAAUGCUUAACAAGCCAUGUGGGGUGGCAGUGA